GGCGCCGCAGCAGCUCCUCAUGGGCAGCUCAGGGCCUUCGGCUGGUCCCCCUCACUGCAUGCCCGCCUGCUGCAGCUCCCUUCUGGGGUUGCUCCCUCGGAGGGGUGGGGCCCAGUGCCCAGGAACACAGCUCUCAGGUGCAGCGGAUCCGGCCCGUGUCUGGGUCGGGUGUGCCUGGAGCUGGCCAGGUCCUGUCCUGACCCCUGGUGACUACUCAGGCCCCGUGUGGCUGGGAGGUGUGUGCAAGCGGCUCUGUGCUUCCAGGGAGCUGCAGCAGGGCCAGGAAGCGCUGCUGGACGGCCCUCUGGGUGGGGGCGGGGGCAUCCCUGAGCUGCAGCCCAGCGUCUUGGCCAGCCAGGCUAUGAUUGAGAAGAUCCUGGGCGAGGACCCCCGGUGGCAAGAAACCAGCUUCGUGCUGGGCAGCUAUAAGACGGAGCCGUGUCCGAAGCCGCCGCGCCUGUGCCGCCAGGGCUACGCCUGCCCACACUACCACAACAGCCGGGACCGGCGGCGCAGCCCCCGCAGCUGCCAGUACAGGUCCACGCCCUGCCCCAGCGUGAAGCAUGGCGAUGAGUGGGGCGAGCCUGCGCGCUGCGAGAGCGGGGACAGCUGCCAGCACUGCCACUCCCGCACGGAGCAGCAGUUCCACCCUGAGAUCUACAAGUCCACCAGGUGCAAUGACAUGCGGCAGACCGGCUGCUGCCCACGGGGCCCCUUCUGUGCCUUCGCACACGUGGACAAGAGCCUGGGAGCGGCCAGCGACCGGGGCUGCCGAGACCUGGCCUCCGCCAGCAGCACCGCAGCCGGCAGCGGGCAGCCCGGACACAGCCACCUGUCGGUGUUUGCUGUGGGCCACCCCCUUGCUCCCAACGUGGGCUCCAGCAUGGGCUCCAGCCUGGCGUCCAGCGCAGGCUCGGGCGGCUCCUCCCCCACCGCGCUGCCCCUGCUCCCGGUGCGUGCCCACCCGCUCGACCCCCCCAGCAGUGCCCUGGAGUCAGGCCCAGGAAAGGACCUGGACGAGCAGGACAGCGGCGACCAGGGGCUGACUGGGCAGCGGUCUCUGGGGGGCUCAGCCCCCGUCGCCAUCCCUGGCUGCCUCCCCCGCUCGCCGUCCCUGUCCACCUCCCCGCGCAGCUCGCUCUCCCGGUCCCUGUCGGGGCCCCUGGUCUCGGCCAUGACGCCCCCACAGCAGCCGCCAGCUCUCAAGCCAGAGCCCGGGGCGCUGGGCCCCUCGGCCCCAGCCUACAACUCCCUCGGUCUCAAUGGCGUGCCCGGGAGCAUCUGGGACUUUGUUUCCGGCAGCUUCUCUCCUAGCCCAUCUCCCAUCCUGGGCUCCGGCCCCGCGGGCCCCGCGAGUGCCAGCCCCGGCGGCACCGAGCUGGCGCGGGUCAGGCGGCAGCUGGACGAGGCCAAGAGGAAGAUCCGGCAGUGGGAGGAGUCCUGGCAGCAGGUGAAGCAGGCCUGUGACGCGUGGCAGCGGGAGGCACAGGAGGCCAAGGAGCGGGCCCUGGCGGCUGACAGCGCUCGGCAGCUGGCGCUGCAGAAGAAGCAGGAGGUGGAGGCCCAGUUCCGACGUCUGCAGGAGGAGCUGGAGGGCGUAUCUCCCGCGCUACCUGGGCUGCGGGGCUGCGGCGACAUCGGAGCCAUACCCCUGCCCAAGCUGCACUCGCUGCAGAGCCAACUGCGCCUGGACCUGGAGGCCGUGGACGGGGUGAUCUUCCAGCUGUGCGCAAAGCAGUGCGCCGUGUGCGGGGAGCAGGCCCAGGGCGCUGUCCUGCGGCCCUGCCAGCACCGCGUCCUCUGCGAGCCCUGCGCGGCUGACGCCCCUGCGUGCCCCUGCUGCACAGACCAGCCCCUCCGGUGGUGACUAGAAGCCCCAGCAGGUUCCCUGCUGACCCCCGGUGCAGUGCUCUGCGCAGCCGGCCAAGCCCUUUGAGCAGAGGACUGGUACCGAGGCCGUUCCGCAGUCCAAGCUGCUUUUUUGCGUCCAGUUUUCUUAAAGAGGCGCUGAAGUGGAGCUGCAGGGGCUGCGGUGAGCCCGGCACCCUAUGCCAGGGGCGGGUGGGCCACUCGGUCUGAUGGCAGCCUGCACCUGCGUGGAUCCAGCGACUGCACAGCCGGGAGGCGCCAGGCUCCAAGCGCAUGUGCGGGGGACAGCGGGAUUCUGGUGACCCGCUCCAAGGCAGGGCUGAGCCCCGUGGUGCUACUUCCCAGGCUGGCGCGUCCUGUCUCCACCGGUGAGCCCUGCACGCCACCCAGCGGAGAGGGACAGGCCCUGCCCGCGCCGCCAGGCUCCCGGCAUGGCCUCGGAGACUAGGGCGAUGCUGCCGGGCCUGGAGCACCGCUCCGGCCUCAGCAAGGCUGCCGGCUCGGCCUCUGGUGCAGUGGCCCUCCUGCUCCUGGGCUUUGCCAAAGACUUUCUAGCGUUCCCUGACGCGCACAGCAGCUCGGCGAGUGUCUUCGUGGGCGGCUGGGUCAGAACGUACCCGCUGCAGCAGGGCCUGGAGGUGGCCCUCGGCGGGCCCCCGAGGCAGCCCUCGCUGCGUCUGGUUUCAGUAACGAUGCCGUCUGUCUGCGCUGCUGUCUCGCCAGCCCCACUGGCCUGCACCUCUGUGGCGGGGAGUGGGGGGCGCACUUUCAGGUCAGGCAUGUGAGAUUAAGCUUUAGGCCUAGUUAUAAGCUAUUUGGUCCGUUUUUUGGGUGGUGUGUGGGGUGCCCCGCGUCCUCCAGCCUGGCCACGAGACGUGGUGCGGGUGACCAAAGAAGUCCCCCAGAGCGGAGCCCUGGGCCAGGACAGUUCACUGGGCCCUCCCACCCCCCUUGGCGGGGGCGGCUGCAUGGGGCCCUUCCACCCUCCUGCGCCGUCGGGGAGACGCUGCCUCUCCCUACCCGGGCCGCAGGCCUCUGCGUGUGCAUUAACUUAUGGCCCCCCGCCUGCCCUGCUCGGGGUGCUUGGGCGGGGGCUUUCUCCCCCAGGAAGCAGUAUUUAUGAUGCGUGAUCGUUUACUUGUAGUGAACUGUUUAUUUAAAGUGAACACUUGCUUAAACUUUUUUACACGAUAGCAUUUACGCGGUGGUUUACAGAACUCAUGACUUAUUUUUUGCCAGUAUGGGAAUUAAUUAAACUUGGAACCUUUGGUGCGUCUGCGUCCCAGGCCCUCCCUUGACAGGACCCCCGGGUCUGGACUCUGCUCUCAGCACCUCUCGGCUCACAGGGUGUUGCCCUGCGGGCCCGGGUUGCCUCGUUGCUCCUCUCGUGACCUGUCCGUGGGUGUCUUCAGGCGCGAGAGCUCAGAGCUGGAGGUUUCUGAACCAGGUGGGUGGCCGGUGGUCAGACUGGGCUGAUCCGGGCUGGGCUGGGCCGGCGCCCCCGCCCCGUGAUUACCUGCAGGCCUCAGGUAGGGGAGGCCGUGCUGGGCUAGCACACUUGUCAGCCGCUCCACCUCCUGGGUCAGCUCCCUGUGUGCCUGCAACACGGUGCAGCCAGUGGUGGGCUCGGGAACUGCUGCGUGGCCCGCCCCCCUGGAGGCAGCCGCAGGGCCGCAUACCUGGCUGCACCUCUCCAGCGUCUCAAACGCUGGGCCCUUCCCGCCUCCCUUCUGGGCAGCCUUGCUGUCUCCGUGGGUGCUGAAGUAGCCGGCAUCCUCAAAGAGCGCCCGCAGCAACUUCCUGUGGCCCUGCAGGCAGGAGGCGGCAGGCAGGAGCGCCCAGACCCGACCCUGCCACGCCUGCCCCACCCACCUGAGCACCCCACCUCCACCCCCGGGCCUCACCUGGGGUGUGAUCAGCUCAUCCGCCAGGUCCUGCUCCACCCGGUCCCACCUCUGCUGCAGGGCGGCGGGCAGGGCUGGGUACACUGAGAACCCAAUAGAAACCAGACUGAGCUGAGCCCCCACACCCCCACCAGCCAGCCCCUCCCUUCCUACCUAACAAGGAGUGGGGGUGGCAGACCAGGGGCGUCUCGAACGUCAGCGCGUAGACGCAGGUGCUCGGCUCAGACACCUGAGCUAAGCGGUUGCUUUUCCCGCAGGUAAGCUCCACCUGAGGGA